AAAAUAUUCUCUACAUAUAAGUGUCACUUACCACACUUUAUUGUAACAUUAUCGUCCAUGGCUACCUCUCUUAGGUUCUUCUUUCUCUUCACUCUCACUCUCAUAUUUGCUCAAUUUUUCACUAUCAAUGGAUUAUUCUCCGAACAAUCCAACAUAAUGUUACCAACAAAUCAACAAAGCACUGAAAAAUUAACCCACUUGCACUUUUUUUACCAUGACAUCUUAGAAGGUAAAAAUCCAACGGUUGUACAAAUUAUAGAUCCAUCAACUAGUUCACCAAGUGGAUUUGGAACAACAUUCAUGAUGGACAACCUCUUAACUGAAGAACAAGAGCUAACCUCAAAACCAGUUGGUAGAGCUCAAGGGAUGUUUGGUUUGGCAUCUUUGCAUGACCGUGGAAUGGUUAUGUUAAUUAAUCUUGCUUUCACUGAAGGUGAUUUUGCUGGUAGUACUCUUAGUAUGCUUGGAAGGAAUCCUGUUCAAGACACUGUUAGAGAACUGCCUAUUGUCGGCGGCACCGGCGUGUUUAGGUUUGCUAGAGGUUAUGCUGUUGCUAAGAGUCUUUGGGAGAUUUCAACUUCUGAGCAUUUUGUUGUUGAGUAUGAUGUCACUGUUUCUCAUCCAUAGACCUCUUGCAAGUUCUUGUUUUUGGAUUGUUAUUACUAUGUGUCCAUAGGCUUUAUGCGUUUAUGGCAUAAAUAAUUGUGUAUCUCUUCACAUUUUGAGCAAUGAAAUAGUUGUCAUGAAUUUCAUAAAUUAAAAUUUCUAGUUUGAAAAA